UGUAUUUCUUAUGUAUACGUAAAAAAAAGAAAAAAAAAAAAUCGCCCGAUAAUCGCCCAUAAACACACAUUCGAUGCAUCUCAACUCAGCUCUUCGAGGGGAUUCCUCUUCCUGAUCUUGAUAUUUUUAUCCGUGGCGGGCAACAUUUUAGUCUGCGUGGCAAUUUACACGGACCGCGGUUUACGGAGAAUAGGGAAUUUAUUCCUGGCCUCCCUCGCUAUCGCCGAUCUUUUCGUCGGUUGUCUGGUUAUGACGUUCGCCGGGGUGAACGAUCUCCUCGGCUAUUGGGUAUUCGGGCCGCGAUUCUGCGACACUUGGAUCGCCUUCGACGUUAUGUGCAGCACUGCCUCUAUUUUGAAUCUUUGCGCGAUCUCUCUCGAUCGUUACAUACACAUAAAGGAUCCACUCAGAUACGGUCGUUGGGUGACAAGAAGGGUUGCGGUUGCUGGAAUCGCUGUCGUAUGGUUGCUCGCAGGGCUCAUAUCCUUCGUGCCGAUCAGCCUAGGCCUUCACCGUGCAAAUGAACCUGUUGUUCACGAUGAUGUCAUAGAAGAACAUCCUACAUGCGCCUUAGAUCUUACACCCACCUAUGCGGUAGUCUCCUCUUCUAUAUCUUUUUACGUGCCCUGCAUCGUAAUGCUGGGAAUUUAUUGCCGGCUCUAUUGCUACGCACAGAAACACGUAAAAAGUAUCCGCGCAGUAACGAAGCUGCCGGACACAUCAAUGGCCAAGAGUUUUCGUGCGAAAAGUACACGCAACAAACCGCCAAAGCCGCAAACAAAAACGAAGCCGACAAGUCCCUAUCACGUAUCCGAUCAUAAAGCCGCUAUAACAGUUGGUGUAAUUAUGGGCGUUUUCUUAAUAUGUUGGGUACCCUUUUUCUGCGUAAAUAUCGUCACUUCGUAUUGCAAGACCUGCAUAUCAGGCCGAGCGUUUCAAGUAUGAAUAUGUUUCUUUUUUUUCCCUACAAUAAUCUAUGAUUUCGUAAAUAUACGCAUAUACGGAAUAUACGCAUGCAGAGCCGUGCUCGAACUUUAAUUGAACCUUACCAUUUCGAAGAAAAAAAAGGAAUUUUUUACUUUUCUCGCCAUAUAUACAUUUUUCAUUAAAUAUCGUAUAAAUAAUAAUGAUUAUAUAUAAAUUAUAAA